AACGUCCGAGCGUUGCCUGUUGGUGUUUUUUGUAAGAAACUGAAAAUAAGAGCGUUUGUGGUGCCGUGUAGUUGCAUAACGCGCCUCAGAGCCGUGGUCAGGGUGACUUGGAUAUGACUCGUUCCUCAUCAAUCCGCCAGCUACGGCAGCUGUCGGUCCUAUCUACGCAGUCCACGCGCAGCUCUGUGACCGCCGUGCUCGCCACCUCGUGUCUACUGCUCUCGCAAAUAACGUCCGCCGAAGGUUUCAGCCUUUCUUGGUUUUUCAACGACAGACUUUACCGGGCAAUUGGGGCGCCCAAGAGUAUUGACGAUAUUUUUUAUCCCGACGAGCCAAUUCAGCUCAACGAUGUGUAUGAAGACUUCCGAGUGUACUGGAACAUUCCGACAUUCCAGUGUCACAAGUAUGGCUACAAUUUUACCGAGGUGGCCGAAUGGGGAAUAUACCAAAAUAAAGGGGACAAUUUCCGAGGAGACCAAAUAAGUCUUCUCUACGACCCGGGCUUGUUUCCGGCGCUAUUACAGGGCACUGAGAGUUCUCGCAAUGAUUAUAUAAUCAGAAACGGUGGCGUUCCACACGAAGGCAAUCUCACAAAACAUCUACAAGUGUUCACCGAAGACGUGGUCAAAAGAUUAGUGCCCGAUAGUAAAUUUGCUGGAAUUGCUGUAAUUGACUUUGAGCACUGGCGUCCGAUGUACGAUGAAAAUUUCGGCUCCUUACAAUCCUAUAAAGAUUAUUCAAUGGAAAUCGAAAGAUACUACCACCCGUUGUGGCCGGAUAGUGAACGACAAAAAGAAGCCGCAAGAAAGUUUGAAAAAGCAGCGUAUCAAUUCUUAAAACGAACAUUAGAGAUUGCCAAGUCUUUAAGGCCCAAAGCCCAUUGGGGCUAUUAUGGAUAUCCGUUUUGCUUUAAUUACACGCCUAAGAAUAAUCAACCAAAUUGCUCGCCCGGCGUAAUUAAGAAUAAUGAAAAGACAAAAUGGUUGUUUGAAGAAAGUACUGCCAUAUAUCCGUCAUUGUAUUAUAAAUCGGAGGACAUGAGCGUGGAGACAAGAGCCAAAUUUAUGAAAGGUAGAAUGAUGGAAGCUUUAAGAGUGUCAAAAAUGACGAGUCCGAAAAAACCAGUAUACGCUUACACGUGGCUCAAGUAUUACGAUACAAAACAAUUUGUGGAAAAAGCUGACCUACUAAAUUCACUUACAAUCCCUAAAAGGAAUGGAGCAACAGGAAUAAUAAUAUGGGGAGCUUCAAAUGAUGUUAACAAUGAAAAGAAAUGUAAAUCUCUGUUAAACUAUCUAAAUGGCGUUUUGGGACCUACCCUUAAAACAUUCUAUAAGACCAAGAAAAAACAACUGAGACGAAGGAAAGCAAAAAUGGAUGAUUUUUUUGACUACUUUGUGGGAUAACUUUUAGUCACGCCCAUAAUAAACUAUUUUUUUAAACUAAAUUUGUAAAUUAACUAGAUAUUAAGCGUUUAAAUUAUUUGUAAAUAAGUAAAUCAUUUAAUUUAUUAAAAACUAUCGUUUGUCUUUUUUUUUAAAAAACCCGCUAAACUACAGUUUCAUUAUAAAUUAUAAA